GCGCCCCGGCGCCCCGCACCAAAAUGGCCGCUGCGCCUGUGCGCCCGGCGGCCGCGAGACGGCGGUUGGUGGGCAUGCUCCCUGGGUGCCCCGCACUGGCAUGGCUGCCGCCCUCGCAAGAGUGACUCCAGUUCUCGGCUUCCGGUCGUAGCCGGCCGGCGUUCAUUUCUCCUCUGGAGGCUUAGCGGAGCCGGGAAAAGGUGCGGGGUAGACGGGCAGAGGGAACUGCAAGCAUCCGCGCCGCCGGCUCCUAACGGAGAAGAUGGCUGAGGGCGAGCGGCAGCCGCCGCCAGAUUCUUCAGAGGAGACCCCUCCAGCUACUCAGAACUUUAUCAUUCCAAAAAAAGAAAUCCACACAGUUCCAGAUAUGGGCAAAUGGAAGCGCUCUCAGGCAUAUGCUGACUACAUCGGCUUUAUCCUUACCCUCAAUGAAGGUGUGAAAGGCAAGAAGCUGACCUUCGACUACAAAAUCUCUGAGGCCAUCGAGAAGCUGGUGGCUCUUCUCAAUACACUGGAUAGGUGGAUUGACGAAACCCCGCCGGUGGACCAGCCUUCCCGGUUUGGAAACAAGGCCUACAGGACCUGGUAUGCCAAACUUGAUCAGGAAGCAGAGAAUUUGGUGGCCACAGUGGUCCCCGCCCACCUGGCAGCUGCUGUACCUGAAGUGGCAGUUUACUUGAAGGAGGCUGUAGGGAACUCCACACGCAUUGACUAUGGCACAGGGCACGAGGCUGCCUUUGCUGCUUUCCUCUGUUGUCUCUGCAAGAUCGGGGUGCUCCGGGUAGACGACCAGGUGGCUAUUGUCUUCAAGGUGUUUGAUAGGUACCUUGAGGUUAUGCGGAAGUUGCAGAAGACGUACAGAAUGGAACCUGCCGGCAGCCAGGGCGUGUGGGGUCUGGAUGACUUCCAGUUCCUGCCCUUCAUCUGGGGCAGCUCACAGCUCAUAGACCACCCCCACCUGGAGCCCAGACAUUUUGUGGAUGAGAAGGCAGUGAGUGAGAACCACAAGGACUACAUGUUCCUUCAGUGCAUCCUGUUCAUCACUGAGAUGAAGACCGGCCCCUUUGCAGAGCACUCCAACCAGCUGUGGAACAUCAGUGCCGUCCCCUCUUGGUCCAAAGUGAACCAGGGCCUCAUCCGUAUGUAUAAGGCGGAGACCACCCAGCCUGGACUCUACUGGGCUCAGGAGGUGACAGGGUUCUGCAGGCCAGGCCCUGAGCUGGCCAGUGUGGCUGGAAGAAAGACCCCCUUCGCUGCUCCUCCUGUCCUGCGACUUCUCCACCUCUGCAGCUUCUCUCCAGCUCAGGUUCUGCAGAAUGGGGAUGAUUUCUGCCCUUCCCCCACUUGCCUUUCUGGCUUCUCCUGUGAAAGCUUGAGUGCCUGGAGAAGUUCCCUGUGAUCCAGCACUUCAAGUUCGGGAGCCUGCUGCCCAUCCAUCCAGUCACAUCAGGCUAAGAGAGGCUGAGCCACCAGAGCCACCCUGGCCAGGUUCCUGUGCCCUCUGACCCGGCACCCCCACCCACCUUCUGUUCUUUCUGUUUGAUGAGAGGCUGUUUACUGAGAUGGGUGCUGAGCAGGGCCUGAGUUGGGUAUUGACCAAAGUGUGGCCAGUUUUUGACUGUCGGUCUGGUGGGCAGACAAGAAGAGGGGUGGGACCUGGUCCCAGGGCCCCUGCCCGCCCCGUCCUCCCCGCUGCCUCUCUCUCCUGCCCAGGCCCGUGUGGAGACAAGGGCCUCCUGCUCUUCCCAUUGCUUUCCCUUUCCCAUGAUGUGACUCCUCCUUCAGAGCGGGAACAGAACACGGCCCCUCCGGGGCUGGCUGGUCAGCUUCCCACCUGCUCGAGCUGUGUUCACUGGUGUCUGCCUUGGGGCUGGAGGGUGGGGUAAUGGUUGGUAGGGGGCUGUGGAUGAUGAGGUUGGCCUUUCAGGUGGCCUCCUAAGCCUGAGGGUACCUGUGCCCAUCCUCAUUCUGGGUUUUGUUCCCUGGCCCUUGGGUUUGCCAGGUUUCCUGACUGUUAUCAUAAAGUUCCCCUUCCUGGGGUAACCUAGUUAUGGAAGCUGCCCUGGGCUCCUGGGAAAGCCUGUCUUUCCAGAAUUGUCUCUGGCAGGGAGAGGAUGGUAGAGACUCAGAGAGGCACUGGGGCUAUUGUGUUUGUGGAGAGUCUGGUUUCCUCCAGUCUUAGGCCUGACCAGUUCUGCUACCUCGACCCCUGCUUUGAGUGGCUUUUAGCUUCACCUGGGGCCCUUGCUUGCUGCUCUGCUCCCUUGGGUCAGUUUGUGGCUGGUGUGGAAUGGCAGGGAAGGCAGCAGCCCUCUCCUUCUCCCUCUCCCCUCUUAGGGGAUGAGGCAAGCGGCGCCCUGCGCCUGGGCACAGACUCAGAACGGGUAGGACUGCUGAGGGGACCUAGCCACAGUCAGCAGCUUUUUCCAGCACUGUGGCUGAGCUGGCGGCUGCAGGCUUCCCUGCCACACUCACCCUGUCAUCCUGCACUGCCCAUCCUGUGUCUCCACAAAGCCUUUGGGGCGUGGACAUGAGAAGCACAACCCAAGGACUUGGCUUAGCAAUUAUGUGGACACAGCUGGGACUCAAGUCAUCAGUGUCACAGGCAGUUUCCCAGGAAAGGCCCUUCCAGGGCCAGGCCAUCACCUUCCUGGCUCCCUCCCCUGUCCCUGGGUCCCUAGUCCUGCACCUUCCUUGCUGUUUGGAUUAAAGCCUCUGUUUUACACCUGU